AUGGUACCAGCUACCCCUCCCAGGUCCAGAAACAAGUCUGAAAAGCAGGUAAUGCUGGAAGCUCCUCGAGGCGAUCAGGUUCCAAUGUCUCCACAGCGACUCCAUACACAGCCUGCAAUUCCGGUGACGCCCGGCAGUGUGGGUGCAAAGCCCAGCUCGCUUCCGUUUAACAGGUUGAAAUCACCAAGACGUCGGGCGUCCCCCAUAAGAGGCCUCAGAACUCCAGAAUACACACCAGCAAAAGGUUCGGAAAGUGUACGGAAAAAAUUGGAUUUUGGUGAUUACCAACAAGAGUUUCGUAACGUUGGCCGUGUGCUUUUCCCCGAUGACAACAAUAGUGGCAGUUCAGAACGGUUCCAGAGCGGGUUUCUGGCACCACCUUCGUUGAAACCCGCUACUGCUCUACAAAAUGCUCCAAAACUCUUGGCGCCCGAGUUUUCCUCCAUUACGAAAGAUCCGCUGGAUACGGCCAAAAGAACGAUCCCAGAGAUAUACAGCGAUACCUGGGAAACGGAGGAGAUCGAGAAUUUUCCAACCCGAAAAGAGGCCAAACAGACGCCAGGUACGCCGAGUGAUAAAAUUGUAACGUUCGAACUUGCCAAAGACUGGAAUAACAAUUCGGGGUCUUGCAUAUCAUCCGAUGAAGAGGCCGACGAACCCGUAAUAAAGUCAAAGGCUCUGGAAAAUCCCUUUGACUCAGGAUCCACACCGAGUGAAGAGACUAGAAGAAGACGCAAAGAGCUUCUGAUACAAGAGUAUCCUGCACUAGAAAAUACAAUACAAUAUGUGGACAGACGCGGUAAAGUGGUUAAGGAAAGGACUCUGAGCCCACAGGAACAAGAAAGGUUUCGUCCGCGCAUGCUAUUUGCUGAUAAGCUGGAUAAGGGAACUGGGAAUCAAGAUUAG